AUGGAGGUCCUAGAACCACGUGGUGGUGGUGGAAUGAACGCGUCGUUCCUUGAUCUUCCCGACCGCAGCUCAUCACUGUGCGGUGGGCUCGAAACUCCAACGCCAAAUCGCUGGCUUUCUGAUACAGUCCCAGCGCCUUUGAUUGAACUGGGGCAGUCGCUGACCGAACCUGCACGUGAAACGACUCCUCAUAGGGCCCUCGAGGCUCGAAAUGUCAAGCGGAAGGCGUCCCGGGUGCUGGGGCGAGCCACUUUGGAUACAGAUGUUGAGGACACGGGUAAAGCACUCGCAGGCCUCCUAGCGCAAGUGCAAAGGGUGUACCAGGACCGGCUGGAACAGAUACAGACACAGUUGGCCGAAGACCUAGAGAGCUGGAAGGCUGAACAGCAGGCUCAGGAAGACCUGCUCAAAGAACGCAUCGCCACACUGGAAAGCGAAGUCACCCAGCUUCGGGCUGAACUAGAACAAGUUCGAAAGGCGACGCCAGAGCAAACCGCAGUGCCACAGUCCACUGAGCGUGGGCCAACGGUGCCAAAAACACUCCGCACUCACGAUCAAGACCAUCUCCGAGCCCGCGCUCAAGACUACGUACCAGGACCUAAGCCCGUAUCUCGUCACAACCAACCGUCAUCGAGCUUCGCGGACAUCGCCGCACUGCUGGCCACCAAGCCUGGAGGGCACGGUUGGCAAGAAGUUGUACACAAGAGAAAACAGUCAAAAAGAACCGACCCAAGCAAGAAAGCCCAACCUAGUGCGCUUACGCCGGCGAAAAACGCCCCGAAAGAAGCCAGACGAAUUGUCUUUCGACGCGAGCAGAGCCAAACGGCCCCCCGUGUGGACAAAGAGGACAUCAUCCUUGCGGUCAACCGCGGACUUGCCCAAGCCGAAUUCCCAGGCUUCGUCCGGGUAAUUGAUGCGGGAUAUAGUAGCACUGGUGCGGUCACCGUGCUCUUGGAGAAAGAAGCUCUAGGGUCUAUGCUAGUACCUGCCUACUGGGACUUGGUGGUUGCGGCAGCACGACAGGCAGAUCCGGCAAUCAUUUCGGCCGAGCUACCGGAGCAGUGGUACCGAGUCAAGGUGCACGGAGUUCCGACUCGUCGCUACCUAAGCUGUGGACUAGGCCUUGCCAGGGAGGAAAUCGAACUAGGAAGCCGGAUCCGACUGAAGAGAGACCCUACGUGGCUUCGGCGACACAGGGAUAUGCAGGAUGGCAGCAGGAAAUGGUCUACUAUCGUCGUCACUGUAGGGUCCCUCGAGGAGGCCCGGGAGCUUCUGAUCCAUGGGAUUCGGUUUGGAGGAAACCGGUAUAAGACAGAACACUACUGGGAAGUGGGGGUAGAUACGGUCUGCCCUCGAUGCUGCCGCCUUGGCCAUCGCAGCUUCAAAGCCUGUGGGAGCAAUCCGCCAUGUUGCUUUAUCUGUGCGGGCCCACAUGAGGGACACGAGCACACUUGUCGCGUAGUAGAAUGCUCGGCUAAGGCAGGCACCGCCUGCCAACACACGCCCGCGAAAUGUGGUAACUGUGGAGGGCCACAUUCCGCCACCGCUGGAAAUUGCCCAGCUAGGCGUGCGGCUCGAAAGCAGCAACGGGAUAGCAGGGAAGCCUAUCGAAGCGACUCGGUGCCGUCGGCCCCGAAUCGCCCGGGAUCACCCACGAUCGAUUUGCAAAGGCCUACCGCGGGAGUGCGUAGCAGCGUAGCCUCGGAGGGUUUAGCCCCGACGAAUCGGCAAUCCCCCGCAGACCGACAGCCAAGAGCAGAGGAAGCGAUGGACCUCAGUGACGACGCCUCGGAAGGGACUAACGCGACGGUGGAUGACCAAUCUGAUCAAUAA